AUGACACCAAGAAAACAAUUCUCUCCGGAAAUAACGGAAAAUGAUGUGGAGACGAUAAUGAAAUUGUGUCGUAGCACUGUGCAAACAUUUGAAUCUAUCGGCGAUGUUUUUCUCAGUACCUUCAGUGGAAGACACACUAGUUUUUCUAUUGGUUAUGCGCUAUUAUUGGCGUUUAGAGAAUUUGAUGGCAUUGAAAACUUGAGGCAUCGAGUAGUCCUCAUUUAUCUCUUGUACAGAUCUGCUGAACUUGACGGUGUAUCAACAGAGGGCGGCAUACUUCAACAUCCUUUUCUGUCUUUUUUUCUAUCCGUUAUGGAAAAUAACAAAGAUUCGAAGGAUAGUUCUGUGGAAGUAGAAAUGUUAGGCUGUCCAAAACUUGGAACUCGUGAGAAAUACAUCACUGGUUGCUUAUUAACAGAAAUGUUGGACAAAAUUACCAACCGCACUCCAGUCGACAUUACCAUGAUGAAAAUUCCAAAGCAGGAUUUUGAUAUAACGCGAUAUAUAGCGGCGCUUAAAAAUCGACAGGCAAAAUAUCCUUCGAUUGCAUCGGUUACUGCCCCAGCUGUUAUCAGAAUAUUAAAUGAGAAGACAAAAAAUCAAGAGAAAUUAAUUGAUGUUGAAUCAUUGACACCUACAUUGCUCCCCAAUUUAUUAACAAAUCCUUACUUGUUUGAAAUUCUUCCUCCUUCAUUUCAUCGUGUUACACCUUCAUUAAUGCCUCCCUCAGAUGACGAGUUCCAAUUUCUGUAUCCUUUCAUUUUGGAUCCUAUGUGGAUGGAAACGAGCGUUGAGAAGCAGGAUGUACGAGCGUUAUCCAACGCCUCUCGUGUUUUCAAUCCAGUGACUACUGUUCAUGAAAAUCAAGUGAUAAGUGAGAAAUCAGAGAACGAUGAAUUGGAAACAACAUCUCCUACAAUGUUAUCUCUGCCGUCUGAGGAAAUACAAGGGGAUUCUGUGGGUGUUUCUAAUAAGAUUUGGUCCAAAUGA